UGUGGAGAGAGAGGGAGGCGAGCACUCAGUCCCACCAGCUUCACUCCUCCUCUGCCAGCACACAUCUGCUGCUGAGGAGAUGGGACACUGAUCCCGAGAGGAGCACUUUGAGCUUUGGAGAUCAGUCCUCGCGGCAUGGCCGACUGGACCAGAGCACUGUGAGGGAGAGGCCAUAAAGGAAAGCUCCCACUGGAGAUAUAUUUACCUUCUCCCAAGGCUGAGAGUUCUCUUGAAUCUGGGGUGAUGUCCCAGCGCUGGUGCAGGCAGGUCCUGCUCGGCGUGGAGCUGCUGGUGGCGGUUCUGGCGGCCGGCGCUGCUGCACAGCUUACUGAGAGGAGGCAGGCAGGGUCGUCCUGCUAUGGAGGAUUUGACCUCUACUUUGUUUUGGACAAGUCUGGCAGUGUGCAACAUUACUGGAAUGAGAUCUACUACUUUGUUGACCAUCUGGCUCACAAGUUCAUCAGCCCUCAGCUGCGGAUGUCUUUUAUUGUGUUCUCGACAGAAGGACGGACUCUCAUGGCGCUAACAGAAGACAGAGAGCAGAUUCGAGCCGGACUGGAGGAGCUGAGCAUGGUGCAGCCAGGCGGAGACACCUUCAUGCACAGAGGAUUUCAAAGAGCCAGCGAGCAAAUAUAUUACGGGACUGGAGAUGGUUACCGGACAGCCAGUGUCAUCAUUGCCCUGACAGACGGUGAACUGAGAGAAAAUCAGUUUGACCUGGCACAAAGAGAGGCCAGCAGAGCGCGCCAGUUGGGUGCCACUGUCUACUGUGUGGGAGUAAAAGACUUCAACGAAACCCAGUUGUCAACAAUAGCUGACAGUAAGGACCACGUCUUCCCUGUGAACGAUGGAUUUCAAGCACUGCAAGGGGUCAUCGACUCGAUCCUGAAGAGAUCAUGCAUUGAGAUCCUGGCUGUGGAGCCCUCCAGCAUCUGUGAAGGAGAGUCCUUCCAGGUGGUUGUCAAGGGAAACGGUUUCCUUCAUGCUCGGGAUGUACAGAAAGUUCUCUGCAGCUUCCGCAUCAAUGACACAAUGACUUUGAUGAAGAGGCCUUUGGUGGUGAGAGACACCUAUCUCUUAUGUCCAGCUCCUGUCCUGGAGAAAGAGGGAACGUCUGCCACCCUUUACGUCAGCAUGAAUAACGGCCUCAGCUUCAUAUCGAGCUCCGUCACAAUCACUGCAGUUGCCUGUUCCACGUCACGGCAGGAAACAACAACAACAACAACAACAACAACCUCCACGCAGCCACCUACCACUUUGAAAACUCCAAGUUUUGACGAGGAUUUGGAUCUUGCAUCUGACGGGACAUUUGUGGCCAUAGCUCUGCUCAUCCUGCUGCUGCUGCUGACCAUCGCUCUGCUGUGGUGGUUCUGGCCUCUCUGCUGCACAGUGGUCAUUCAUGAGCCGCCUCCUCCAGUAAUAGAAGACAUCUCCGAUGACGAGGAUGGCUUCCCAAAGAAGAGGUGGCCCACAGUAGAUGCAUCAUAUUAUGGAGGCCGUGGAGUUGGAGGCAUUAAAAGAAUGGAGGUCCGUUGGGGAGAUAAAGGCUCAACUGAAGAAGGAGCCAAACUGGAAAAAGCGAAAAACGCUCGAGUUGUGAUGCCUGCAGAGGAGUACGAUCCUCCUCCACGGCUUCACUACCACAUGCACAAGUCGAUGCGUCCCCAGAAGUGGUACACUCCCAUCAAGGGUAAACUGGAUGCUCUGUGGGUGUUUCUGAGGAAAGGCUACGACAGAGUCUCUGUGAUGCGUCCUUAUCCUGGAGACAAGGGCAGGUGCAUCAACUUCACCCGGAGUAAAUCCUACCCUGCUCCCCACUACCCCAUCUACAACCACCCCUCCACACCCGUCUACACGCUGCCCCACAGUUACCAGCGUCGUCCGUCAGAGGGCGACCAGACCUUCCAUUUGCCCCCCUCGCCAACUUCCACCCUCCCUCCCCUGCCGUCCACUCCCCCUCCGUCCUCCAGCAGCUCGUCCACGUACACGCCGCCUCCCACCAGAGCCCUGCCUCCGGCCAGCGUUAGCCCCAUCUCUGUGCCUCCGUCUCCAACCGGCUCCCUGCCGCCUCCACCUCUAGGCCCACCUCCCUGCAGAGCACCUCCUCCGUCACGGCCUCCUCCACGCCCCAAUCACGAGAACCACUGAUGGCUACGUUGUUGAGGAGCAGGAGCCAAGCUCAGAAUGGAAACCUGAAAAGACCUUCUCACUGUGGCUGUGCUUAAUUACAUCCAAGCAGAAGGAGAACUACAGCAGCGCUAUGAUAUCGCCUUUUGAGGCUGCAUGUGGAGAUUCGACACCUGCUCAUGGCUGGAGCAUGAUGUACCAUGAACUGUGACUUUUUAGAAAGUCUAGAGAGUGAAUAUUUAGUGCAAACAAGCACAGCUUUGGCUAUUGGAGUUAAGCAUUUAUGCAGUUUUUAAGAACAUUUCUCCUUAUUAAAUAUCAGUUUGCACAAUUUGGUCAGACUUUGCAAUGUAAACUUCAACAUCAGCCUUCAUCUGAUGUGAAUUUUUAAUUCUUCUACACAAUGAAAAACAAAAAUCCCUAUUUUUAAACAGCAGGAACCCCAGCAGCUCAGCAACUUCUUCAUGUGUUUUAUACAUGCAAGUCUGUUCAGCAGCUGCUCGUCCUGCAAAAUGUAUAUAUUUUGUAAAUGAAGGUUUUUUAAAAAUCAACAAAACAUGUAUGCACGCACAUUGUAGUUGAUGGACGAUAACAGUUUUCAUGUUUUGAUUUUUUUUUCUUGGCUACUGUUAGAUAGACUUUUAAAAUUUCAACAGAGCCCAGCUCAGUGUCUCCCCUGCUUCAAGUCUUUAUGCUAAGCUAAGCUUCACAUUCACUCGACUGAAAUGAGAACGACAUCGAUCUUCUCAUGAUACUUUUGGCAAGAAGGCAAAUAAGCAUAUUUACCACCGAUAAGGCUCAUACUUUUCUCACAUACACAUCUUAAAUAAGCUGCUGUGGAGUCCGCUGAAUGCUGUUAUUGACAUUCAUAAUGAAAUAAACUUUAAAAUAUUCUCAUGAUCUUGAGCAUCAACAUGGAAAUAAAUCCUAAAGUUCGAGAGCGGAGAUGUUAAUUGUAAAGCCGUCAGCAAGCAAGUCUUAAAACCCAGGAGUUACGUCUUUGGCAGAGUGUGACUCUGACUGUCAGAGGCUAUUUAAGUUCCAUAACGAUAACAAACGUUACCUCUGGAACCUGAUUCAGCGGCCCAGACUGCACAUUUGUGAUCACACUUGUUCAUACCAAUAUGAUGUGCAAUAAAUCAGCAAAGAAAAUGUU